AUGCCUGCGAUGCCAACGAUGGCAGCCAGGCAGGCGGGAGAAAUUAUCUUUAGCGAGGGACUAGCAGCACUACACUCACGACAUACACGUACGCCGACGAAUGCAGCAGAAAAAACUUGUGCCCGGAUCAUUGAGCGGAAAAGUGCAACUGGUGAUGAUACUGAAAGGCCGUACUGCUGGGGAUGGGAAAAAGAUUACUAA